AUGCAUUACUUGCGAGCAGCGCUUUCUGGCGAAGCGGCUCGUGUUAUUUCCUCGCUCGAGAUUUCCGCCAACAAUUACCUUGUUGCAUGGAAAUUGUUGAAGGAACGUUUUGAAAACACCAUCCUGCUGGUGAAACGGCAUGUUUCUGCCCUACUUACAAUUCCUUCACUGAAAAAAGAGUCUGCACAGGGACUUGCAGAUCUCGCCGACGAAUUCGAUCGUCAUGUACAGCUGUUGGAUAAACUCGAAGAUUCUGAAAACCACUGGAACGCCUUUCUAGUAGAGCGAUUGAGUCAAUGUCUUGAUAGCGUUACACUCCGUGAGUGGGAGACACAUGUUUCCGCAGGCGAUGAAUACCCGAAUUACCGAGAAUUACUCGAGUUUAUCCACAGAAGAUCGCGAAUCGUACAAACUUUAAAGCUCUCCCAAUCGGCAAACACCCAGUUCGAGAUCAAGCAUCCCAAACCCCGAUCAGUUGUUGCCCAUGUCGCUUCCGACAACGUUACCCAGUGCGUCAACUGUAAGCACGCUCACGUCCUGUUCCAGUGUGACCUCUCCACAACAACGGUUCGAAGUCGUGAAGAAGCACGGGAUGUGCAUUAA